AUGCGCGUACUGGGCUUCUCGAGAAUCCUCCUCCGGAAUAAUGUUCCAUGGAUAUGUCGUCGGUGUCUAUCAACCUCGAAAGCGUAUUCUCGGAGGCCGGGAAGGGGGGGGAAGAUGUUGAUGGGUGCAGCUGCCGGAACGGCGUUGGGUGCUGUAGCUUUCGGAUCACCAGAUGUGGGACAUAGCGUUGCAGCUGUUGAGAGAGCUACUCGGGUUGCAAGUGCCCUGGCGCUGUGUAUUAAUGAGUGGGUAGAGUAUGGAUGGGUGUUGGGUUUUGACCUUAGUUACUGAUUACCUCUGCAGCUACCGCGUUACUUUAAGAUCUUUGGAGCUCGACCCGGGCGAUAGUGAUGGGCUGUUGGCGAAAUGUCAUAAGAGAUGUGCUGAGAGGUUGGUCAGGAUUUUUUUUUUUUGAUAGGAUAGAGUGCUUGAACUGAUUUGAGUGUUCUAGGACUUAUAAGGUCCUCGAGAAGAACGGUUCAAUAUUCAUUAAGCUCGGACAACAUCUUGCGGCCAUGGGUUACCUACUGCCAGCCGAGUGGACGGUGCCGGGCCUCAAAAUCAUGUUUACAUAGGGGUUUGCGGGCUGACUGCUGAUGUUGUUCAGGAUACCUUCAUUCCUCUACAAGACCGGUGCCCAGUCUCAAGUUUCGAGAGCAUCGAAAAGGUGCGAUUCUGAACGUUACUUACCUUCCCCAUGUCUAACAGGGUGCAUAGAUGAUAUUAGACGAUACCGGACAGUCCGUCACAGAUUUGUUUUCUGAAUUUGAUCCGAACCCUAUUGGAGCUGGUACGAUUAAGUCCUUUUCACCCUGGUUGUCGGUUGUUGGGUGUAGAUAGAAGCUGAGUCGUUGUUAGCUUCGCUGGCCCAAGUACAUCGAGCCAAAUUGAAAGAUAGUGGUCGAGAGUAUGCUUGUUAUUGCUGCGUCAUGGGGAAAGGGCUAAUGAAUCAUUUUAGAGUCGCAGUGAAACUACAGCAUCCGGCAUUGGCCGAAUGGAUUCCCUUGGAUAUGGCAUUAACGAGAUUUACUUUUACAAAUAUUAAAUAUUUUUUCCCGGAAUAUCCUAUGACGUGGCUAAGUGAUGAGAUGGAAGCAUCGUAUGUUCCUAAUAUGAAAUAUUUCCGCUUUUGUGAGGAAACGAUUAAUAGGUUUUAGUCUCCCACAGGAACUGAAUUUUGAGAUGGAAGCAAAAAACAUAUACCGAGUCCGGGAAUAUUUCAAGGGCAUCGAAAACACACCCCUUGUUAUCCCGAACGGUAAUUCUAAGAACUUGCUACUUUUCGGGGCGUGCGAGCUGACACUGGCUAGUUAUCUGGGCUAAGCCACGGAUCUUGGUAAUGGAAUAUCUCCCCGGACACCGUUUAGAUGACCUUGCCUUCUUGGACUCAAAUGGUGUUUCUCGCGGAGAGGUUUCAGCUGCCCUCGCCCGGAUAUUCAAUGAGAUGGUUUUCGGGAAGGACGCACCACUUCAUUGCGACCCCCACGGCGGUAACCUCGCCAUUCGUCUAGCGGAUCCAAAUAUCAAUGAUAGAAGCUGGGUUAAGAAAAUCUUUGGCCGUCGAAAGAAAACCAACUUUAAAAUCAUCUUGUAUGACCAUGGUCUUUACCGGGACAUUCCCAUGCAAAUGCGUCGCUCCUACGCAAAGCUUUGGCUCGCCGUAAUUGAUGGUGACGAGGGCCGAAUGAGGCAGUACGCCGGCGAAGUCGCUGGGGUAACAGACGAUCAAUUCCCGCUGUUCGCUUCUGCAAUCACAGGGCGAGACUAUACGGCAUUGCAAAAAGGCGUAGCCAGUCCACGAGACGAGAAUGAAAAAGAGGUUAUCACGGAGGCUCUCGGCGAGGGACUCUUAGCACAAUUGAUCCAGCUUCUCUCUAACGUUCCCAGCGUCAUUCUCCUCAUCCUGAAGACUAAUGACUUAACCCGCAGUCUUGACGAGAACUUACAAGCAGGCACUGGCCCGGAACGUCAAUUCUUAAUCCUGGCCAGAUAUUGUGCGAGAGCAGUAUACGAGGAAGCUGUGGAACUGGGAGGUUGGAAGAUCGUAAUUGCGACAUUGGAGUACUGGCGCAUCAGCCUGAAACUACGAAUCUUCGAGUGGGGUGUUUGGUGGAGGGGUGUAUUUCACGCUAGCGCCUUUGGUGGGAGAAGGCUGCUGGAGGGGUGAAGCACCGUUAUAUAGAUGGAGGCCUGGUGGAUUGUGGAAUAGGCCGGUUUCGGUGAUCGCAUAUUUAGAUUAGAGCUUGGAGACUCAUACCAUUUCUUAGAGCGAAGGGGUAUCGAAAUGUGAUAGGAUAGAAAUCGGCUUACCGUGGUGUUGCGGGCAUGCAAUGUUUUACUAUAGUGUAUUGUGGAUUGCGGCGGAGAUCCUGUUCAUCAUUAGACGAAAUCUAUUGGAUUGGGUUGGGCAAGAGAGAGGUAUUCUGUGUUGGUAUAUUGCCAGGGUGUGGAAGAUUGGGCGUGCACCCGCGGACACUGCGGACACUGUGCGCCAUAGUUCAACGAACCAUCCAAUAUUUUGGAGCCGUUCCUUGAGCUGGGCAUCCUCCGAGGCGCUGUAGCGCUUUGCUUGGUGUUUUUGGAAGGGUUGUUAAUCAUAGAUUGUCACUCGCAGUAUUAUUGUACUGGCUUGGCCGGUU